ACUCAGAUGGUCGCUCGCACGCACGCACAGCGGUGGGUCGUAGUCGUGUACUCGGUCGUCCGCCGGGGCGUCGACGCCGCCGCCGCCAAUGUCCAGUCUGGUGGGCGGUGACGUCAGCGCGGGGUCUCGCCCAAUGAGUGAGUGCAGGCAGUGUGUGUAGGUACAGUCGCUCGGCUUGAACGCGCGCCCGCUCACUCACCCUGGUGAGGUCCUCCCGAUAACGUGACGUCCACCCGCCGAGGUUAAUCGCCGCCACCGCUAUUAUAAUUUUAACCACGACCAGUGACGACCUCUCCUCCGCAAUAGGUUUCGGUCAGAUAUUUCCGUUUCUCGACGAAAGUGCGACCGCCAGUUAUACCCGUUGCGUAUUCGUGGUACAUUCUAUAUAUACCGUCCGUUUGGUCGCCAGUGGUGUAUGUUUUUAACGACUUUCGAACGCCGCAAAUUCGACCCGUCCGUCGUGACGAAAUGGAUCUUUUGAUAAUAACAGCAAUAGUAUCUGCGGCCACGAACCCUGCUCGUUGCAAAUAAUGAUCAUUAUUUAUUACCUGUACCAUCGAUAGCUGCUGGUAUACUUGGGUAAUAUUAUACCUACCUAUACAUCGUAUAUAAUAUAUAUUAUACGUCUAGGCCGGAUCGCACCGAGCUGUCGGCCUCUUUUCGUACGUUUUAUAUACUUACACAAUUCUUUUAUAAAUAUAAUAUAAUAUCUUAUUAUAUCAUUAAUUAAAAUAAUAUCAGCUUACCCGUACCUCCAAACGGACAUCGCGCAGCUUUCGGGCCUUAUUCGAGAGAUCUGCACAGUCUCAGGAGUAUUUUAUAUGAGCUACUUUUCGGGUUCCGGCGACUUGGCCGGCACAACUGCAGAGAACUACAACUUUGACUCGCACUCCAAAGGCCUAAGUAAUAUUAAAAACGAAACGACCUAUCUUCAAGAUGUUCAGGAAGAUUGUUUUUACACCGAACAAAAUACAUCAAUGCGAGGAGAUGAUACGGAUAUAAACGCUAACAACACUAGUGAAGAUAAACAACCCAACUACUUUCAAGACUCUCAUCAUAUUUCUAUGCACGAACCAUCUACCACAGAGUUAGUGCCGUUGACCAUUUAUCCUACAGAAACGGACUUACAAAAUAAUGGUGUUGUGCAUACGGGUGACGUUAGUAGCAACACUGUCACAUCGUUGGGGUCUCCUGAGGAACGGUCACCAGCGUCUACUGACCAACAGCAGCCACAGCAGCCGGCUGCUACGACUUUGCCCUCAAAACCCCCGUAUUCGUACGUAGCUUUAAUUUCUAUGGCCAUUGAACAUUCGCCGUAUAAACGAGUUACGUUGUCUGAAAUUUAUAAGUACAUCACGGCUAAGUUUCCAUACUUCGAGAAGAAUAAAAAAGGUUGGCAAAAUUCGAUAAGACACAAUUUGUCGUUAAACGAGUGUUUUGUCAAAAUACCUAGGGAUGGCGGCGGUGAUAGAAAAGGCAACUACUGGACUUUAGAUCCAAAAUACGAUAACAUGUUUGAAAAUGGGAACUAUAGAAGACGUCGAAGAAUGAAAAGACCAUAUAGAACAACACCUUAUAGUAGACCUGGGACGUAUUUUGGACCAGAUUAUAGUAGAGGCAUCUUAGGAUCACAUCCUACAAAUUUUGGUUCAAAUCCAAAUGUAACACCGAGAUUUGACCACAGUAAUAGUUGGCCAAUAUCACCUUAUUCGGCAGUUCCUCAAACGCAUCAAUUGCAUUUUCCUCUAUCAUCUCAAUUGCAACCAGUGCAAUCUGUUCAGAUCUCAUCAAUGAAUCAUUCAAAUUACAAUCAUUUACCAACAACUAUGGCAAGCCCAAGUAUGACUUUUGGUGGGACAUAUCCACAAUGUCAACGGCGUCAACAACAAGAGGUAUUACCAGAUACUACUCUUCAGUAUUCUUAUUGGGCCACAUCAACAUCUUCUCCAGAUCAUAUGAUUUCAGUGAAAGAUGAACAUUUGAGUCUAUUGGAAAAAACACAAGAUACACUGAACCUUGAACAUUUUGAGGUACAACCCCCAAAUGUAGAUUUUGAAGUUACAGAUUCACGACAAAAAUGUUAUUUAUGAAAAACGAUUUGUGAAUAUCGUUAAACACUCAUAUUUUAUUUAUGGUUCUAUGAUAUAAUGUUUACACCUAAUACAUUAAUAAUAAGUAACAAAGAAAUGUAACUAGGCAUGUAUAACAUGGCAUUUUUAUCUGAAUUCAAAGUUUAUAUAAUUAUUAAUUUAUGAAGUACUAAUAUUAUAGUAACUGUUAGUAAGGGGAUCUAAGAGGCAGGCCAAGCUUAACACAUUUAUUAUUUUAAAGUAGGCACCUGAAUAAACAAUUAUUUAAUUUCAUUUAAAAAUAAUUUUAAGUAUACAUAAGUUUAGCGCUUGUUAAUACUUAUUUGUUAU